CCCCCCCUCACAAGAUCUGAAGCUUCCGUUUCCUCGCAACUGCGACAAAUUUUUGCAUCUCAUAGACACAUUUAGUGCAUCGGGAACAUGCCUCUGCGAUUGCGGUACUGUCUUAUUUGCGGUUUGUGAGAUGCUCUCGUGCGUCGUUGGAUGGUUUGUUUGAAGAGGUUUUAUUGAAGUAUUAUUGCAUGUGUGGUAAAGGAGCUGAGAAUCUACUCGGAGUUGUGUGAACCCUUGUUGUAUUGUUGGAUUCGCUGCGAGGAUAAUUUUUGGAAGUAUUUUAGGCUGGAGGAAGUGGAAAGCUCGAGGAGCGCUGUGUAGAUGAGGGGCGUGGCGGAUUGUUCACGUUGAGAGGAGAACAGGAGGAGCUCUAAUUACAGAUCUGGGCGGGAGUGGACAGGAUGACGAUGCAUUUGAGUGCUGAUGGUAGAGGGGCAGGGUUCAAUGGGAGAUAAGUUCAAAUUGGAGCUGAUUAGCUGAACAAGUUUCGUCAGAGUGGAGUCUAUUUAGAGGUCGCCAUGGCGAGGACUAAAGCGAGCACUCUUGAGUUCAUCAACGAAAUUUUUCCAACAGAGGCAUCUUUAGUGGCAGUAGAUCCUCUUCUUGGAAAGCUGCGUAACAAGAUCCGGCAUGUAGAUGCUGAGAUCAUUUCAGCAAUUAGGCAGCAGAGCACCUCGGGUUCUAAAGCUAAGGAGGACCUUGCAGCUGCAAUGCGUGCCAUCCAGGAGUUGACUCAGAAAAUAAGUGAAAUGAAAGAAAAGGCAGAGCAAAGUGAGGUGAUGGUUCAGGAAAUCUGUCGUGAUAUCAAGAAGCUGGAUUUUGCAAAGAAGAAUAUCACAACCACUGUAACGGCUCUUCAUCGUCUUGCAAUGCUAGUGUCAGCUGUGGAACAACUUCAAGCUAUGGCUGUGAAACGUCAAUACAAGGAAGCAGCUGGGCAGCUUGAGGCAGUUAAUCAGCUUUGCAGCCAUUUUGAAGCAUACAGUGACAUUCCAAAAAUCACAGAAUUGAGAGAAAAGUUCAAGGGCAUUAAGGAUAUGCUAAAGUCUCAUGUCUUCUCUGAUUUUGCAAGUUUGGGAACAGCUGGUUUAAGUGAAGACGGUCAACAGAUGCAGCAGCUUGCAGACGCUUGCUUGGUCAUUGAUGGCCUGGAUCCUUCUGCAAAAGAAGAACUUAUUCGCAAUGUUUGUAGUAAAGAGCUUACAGCAUAUCAGCAAAUUUUUCAAGGAACAGAGGUAGCCAAGCUGGAGAAAGCUGAGCGUAGAUAUGCUUGGAUAAAGCGCCAACUAAGGUCUAAUGAAGAAGUUUGGUCUAUCUUUCCUCCAAGCUGGCGGGUUGCACACACUCUCUGCAUACAAUUUUGUAAAGUUACGCGGGCUCAGUUGAUGGAAAUUCUUGAUACAGCUCAACCCAAGCCUGAAGUUGGAACUCUUCUACAGGCUUUACAAAGAACCUUAGAAUUUGAGGAAGAGCUGGCGGAGCGUUUUGGUGGAAGUGAGGGAAAGAAACAAGAAGAGGAAAGUGACAAUGAGGGUUUUGAUACUAAAGAUGGAAAGGAAACUGACGGAGAAAAGAAAGCAAAUCAACACUCUGCUAAUGAUAGGGCUGCAGCGGCGUUUAACUUCCGAGGCACAAUCUCCUCAUGCUUUGAGAAGCAUAUGUCAAUAUACGUGGAGCUUGAGGAAAAGACCUUGAUGGAGGCACUAGACAAGCUAAUUCAGGAAGAAACGUGGGAGGCUGAAGAAGGAACUCAAACAAAUGUCUUAUCCAGUGGCACGCAGGUGUUUUUGAUCAUUAAAAGAAGCUUGAAACGUUGCAGUGCCCUCACCCGCAACCAAACACUUUUCAAUUUGUACAAGGUCUUCCAGCGAGUGCUUCGAGCUUAUGCUGGGAAGCUAGUUGCAAGGCUGCCCAGAGGUCAGCCUGGACUUGUAUCUAGCACGGAGGGGCAAGUGAAGGUUUCAGACAAAGAUGAGAGAGUCAUCUGCUAUAUUGUCAAUACGGCAGAGUACUGUCACGAGACGGCUGCAAAUAUGGGCGAGAACGUUGCAAAGCUUAUUGAUUCCCACUUUUCAGAAAGCAUAGACAUGUCUGAAGAACAGGAUGAGUUUUCUGGAGUAAUCACGAAGGCUUUGUCAAUAUUAGUACUUGGUUUGGAGACACGGCUUGAGAAUGAGUUGGCUAAUAUGGCUCGUCUUCCAUGGGCCACUCUUGAGAGUGUGGGCGACCAAUCUGACUACGUUAAUGGCAUCAGCGUCAUACUUUCUAGUAGUGUCCCAGUGAUUGCAGGACUCCUAUCGCCUCUCUACUUUCAAUAUUUUAUGGAUAAGUUAGCAGCGUCAUUUGCUCCAAAAUUCCACAACAAUAUAUUCAAAUGCAAACGCAUCUCUGAAACUGGAGCACAACAGAUGCUAUUGGAUACACAUGCAGUCAAAACUUUGCUUCUGGAGGUUCCUUCACUUGGAGGCCAGGCCAGUACCCCAGCAAGCUAUACCAAGUACGUGGCGCGUGAAAUGAGCAAAGCAGAGCAUCUGUUGAAGGUUAUAUUAUCUCCAAUGGAGGCCAUUGCGGAUACUUAUCGUGCCUUGCUACCGGAAGGUUCUGGUGCUGACUUUCUUCGAAUUCUUGACCUUAAGGGUGUAAAACGCACGGAUUCGCAGCCAUUGAUUGACCGAUUUACAAACCGUAACAUUGAAGCAUUACCAACUUCACAUGUAAGUGGGUCUCAGCAAUCCAAUCAAGCGAAUACAGCACCGUCCACUCCCACGUUUGCAAACUCUGGACAACAAAGCAAGGAAGCCAUGAUGUCUCGCGUAGGGGCUCUGGGAAGGGGUGCAAUUUCUCAGUCCGCAGCAGCAGCUGCUGCUGCAUCUAGUACAGGUUUGAAACGCCUGUUUGCUGUCGUUGAGCAAGCCAAAGAAGGAGCUGCUAAAAAAGAGGGAUCCCAUAUACAGGAGUGGUUCUCUAACAUAGGAAGACGAUAGAAGCUACACAUUGAUGAUAAGAAUGAGACUGAACCCCAUGCGUGUCUUCGUAGCCGAUCGCCACUAUACACAAUUGUUGCUUCCCACUUUGCCAUUAGAUCUGUCCCUUAGAAAAUUGGUCUCUGCUGUCACUGGAUCGUGUAUUAGUUGCUGGUGACACCUAUUCCCAGUGUUGAGCAGAGUAUAGGACUAAUCACACAUCUUCAGUACAAUUUGAGAAGACACUCUGCACGUUUGGUCCCUCCAAUUCAGUACCAUCAGGGUUUUGAUGGACGUAAAGGAUUUGCCAGGACGUCUUCUGUCAAUCCGCUGGACUUGGAAACGAUGCUGAAUGAACACCGUGAAAUCGUGAAUGGCGUGCCUUACGAGCGCAAGCCGUUUUCAGGAAUCUUUCAUUACGAUCGACAUGAUACGUGUCAGGUUGUGAAACAACUACCCAACAUCUUGAGCGUUAAGGUCAAUAUCAAUAAGAUUUUGAUUAAACCAUGCAGUUUGUUUUGGAUGAUAA